AUGAGCAACCAUCCCAAGGAUCUCAACAUUUACGAUUCAGCAGGUCCACCUGCGGGCAUCUUGCCUUCCAAGGACAUGGAGAAUGAUGACGAUUCGACAAUGCUUUCGAUCGUGCAGGACAUCCCGACCUUUGGUAUCGCAGGACGCAUCUGGGAUAGCUCCUAUGCUCUCGAUAUCUUUCUUCGUCGCCCCUCGGAUCAAUACACCUUCAUGCCAUCAUGUCCGAUCCCCAGGGAUUAUUUUUUAAACCCCUUAAAGGCCAGAGGUUCCGCAGCAAGCAAUUGUAACACGGUGAUCGACUCUUUAAAGCAACCCCCAUUAGACCCUAUCAAGAUUAUUGAGCUUGGAGCUGGAACUGGCUACGUUGGAAUAGCGCUGGCAAAACGGUUGAACCCCUCCUGUACGCUGAUACUGACGGAUCUAGAGGAGGUAAUUCCUUUACUGGAAAAGAACGUUCACGAUAACAUUCCUUCGAGUAUGGCGCACGGCAACACAGAUUCGACCUUCUCUGUUCCAAACCCAUCAACAACAUUAUCUACGUCUUCAUCACCAAUAUCAGUAUCAGCAGCAAUGCCACAGCAGCCCUGUGCCGUAGUGCAAAUCGAGCCUCUUGCCUGGGGUAACUCUUCCCAUGCAGCCAAGAUUUUGUCCCGGGGCCGAGUGGAUUAUGUUGUGGCAAGUGACUUGGUCUAUUUUCCAGAGCUAUACCCGCCUCUGCUUCAAACCUUGAGGGAGAUUACGGAUUUGGAGACCCGAGUCAUCUUUGGGUAUAAGGAGCGUGCGAUCUGGAAGGAGAUGCCAUUCUGGGAGCAAUUUGGACGAUUUUUUGAGAUCGACGUUGUACAGACCGAAAUGAAGAAUAGAGACAGCUGUGAUCUACAGCAGUACGAAGAAGAACAACGAGAAGAAUCAGUGCAAAUCUUGGGAGCUGAGGAGGAGAUGUAUGUCUUCGUGGCCAAGAAGCGUCGUGAUGAGGAUAUUCUGGAUGGCGUAGAUGAUACCUUAGCGACUCUGAUGAUGAUGCAGAUCAGAUAUUAA